GGAACGCCUCGGGAUCCCCCGGGAGGAGCUGGACGAAGUGGCUGGGGAGAGGGAAGUCUGGGCUUCCCUGCUUAAGCUGCUGCCCCCGCGACCCGACCUCGGAUAAGCGGAAGAAGAUGGAUGGAUGGAUGGAUGGAUAUAUAUAUAUAUAUAUAUAUAUACAGUACAUGACAGUUUUUUAUACAUUUUACUUAUGAAAUACUAUUAAAUAAUUUUCUAAAAAUGUUCUAAAAUGACUUCAUGAAUUUACUUCAUACUGGAAAAAGUGAGAAAUUAGAGCAAAACAAAAGUCACCCAAAGUAAAAAAAACAAACAAAACCUGGACCCUACUUUGAAGGUUGCAGUUUAGAUUUAAUAAGGCACAGUGUCCCAAUACUUUUGUCCAUAUGGUGCAAGUAACCCGCACAAUCUUAUUUUGGCAAGUCAUGGAGAACAGAAAUAUGGAUCUCGAACUUUCUGGGGACAGCUGACACCCCUGCAUAGCGCUCUAUAUACACUGGCUGAGCACACGACCUCCUCCUCCAGUCUGACUACCAGGACGAGAAAAGGGGCGCUGGAGAGGAAGUAAGGUGUCGCUCAGCCGAAAAAAAGCACAAUUUAGUCUCUAUUAAAGGUUCUUUACAACAGAACAAGGAUGUCUAAAGGACCAGCAGUUGGCAUUGAUCUUGGCACCACAUACUCCUGUGUGGGUAUCUUCCAGCAUGGCAAAGUGGAGAUCAUUGCCAAUGAUCAAGGAAACAGGACCACACCCAGCUAUGUGGCGUUCACAGACUCAGAGAGACUGAUUGGAGACGCAGCCAAGAACCAAGUGGCCAUGAACCCAACUAAUACUGUGUUUGAUGCUAAGCGUUUGAUUGGUCGUAAGUUUGAUGAUACUGUGGUGCAGGCCGACAUGAAGCAUUGGCCCUUUAAGGUUGUAAAUGACUCAUCCAAACCUAAAGUGGAGGUUGAAUACAAGGGGGAGAUCAAGACCUUCUUCCCAGAGGAGAUUUCCUCGAUGGUCCUUACCAAGAUGAAGGAGAUCUCAGAAGCCUAUCUUGGCAAGUCUGUGACCAAUGCAGUCGUCACAGUUCCUGCUUACUUCAACGACUCCCAACGUCAAGCCACCAAAGAUGCUGGGGCCAUCUCAGGGCUCAAUGUUCUGCGUAUCAUCAAUGAACCCACUGCUGCCGCCAUUGCUUAUGGCUUGGACAAAAAGGUUGGCAGUGAGCGCAACGUCCUUAUCUUUGACCUCGGAGGAGGCACUUUCGAUGUGUCCAUCUUGACCAUUGAGGAUGGCAUCUUCGAGGUCAAGUCCACUGCUGGCGACACGCACUUGGGUGGUGAGGACUUUGACAACAGGAUGGUCAAUCACUUCAUUAAUGAGUUUAAGCGCAAGUUCAAAAAAGACAUCAACACCAACAAACGAGCCGUACGUCGUCUCCGUACCGCCUGCGAGCGCGCAAAGCGCACCCUCUCCAGCAGCACCCAGGCCAGUAUUGAGAUCGAUUCUCUCUACGAAGGAACCGACUUCUACACUUCUGUCACCAGAGCCCGUUUUGAGGAACUCAAUGCAGAUUUGUUCCGCGGAACCCUGGAGCCUGUUGAAAAGGCCCUCAGGGAUGCAAAGAUGGACAAGUCCCAGAUUCACGAUAUUGUCCUGGUGGGUGGUUCCACACGUAUCCCCAAGAUUCAGAAACUCCUGCAGGACUUCUUUAAUGGCCGUGACCUCAAUAAGAGCAUCAACCCCGAUGAGGCAGUGGCCUAUGGAGCAGCUGUGCAGGCAGCCAUCUUAGCUGGUGAUAAGUCUGAGAACGUACAGGACCUGCUCCUGCUGGAUGUCACCCCCCUGUCCCUUGGAAUAGAGACUGCUGGAGGAGUAAUGACCGUUCUUAUCAAAAGGAACACCACCAUUCCCACAAAGCAAACCCAAACCUUUACCACCUACUCCGACAACCAGCCUGGUGUGCUCAUUCAGGUUUAUGAAGGCGAACGAGCCAUGACCAAGGAUAAUAAUAUCCUGGGAAAGUUUGAGUUGACCGGUAUACCACCUGCUCCCAGGGGAGUCCCGCAGAUUGAGGUGACCUUUGACAUUGAUGCCAAUGGCAUUCUUAAUGUGUCUGCCGUGGACAAGAGCACGGGAAAAGAGAACAAGAUCACCAUUACCAACGAUAAAGGACGAUUGAGCAAAGAAGACAUUGAGCGCAUGGUGCAUGAAGCUGAGCAGUUCAAGGCUGAAGAUGAAGUGCAAAGGGAAAAAGUCACAGCUAAGAACUCCCUUGAGUCUCUGGCCUUCAACUUAAAGAGCACAGUCGAGGACGAGAAGCUUCGAGACAAGAUCAGCGCUGAGGACAAAAAGACCAUCAUCGACAAGUGCAAUGAGGUUAUUUCCUGGUUGGACAAGAACCAGACGGCAGAGAAAGAAGAGUACGAUCACCAGCAGAAGGAACUAGAGAAGGUGUGCAACCCAAUAAUGUCCAAGCUUUACCAAGGGGGCAUGCCUGAAGGAAUGGCCGGAGGGAUGCCAGGGGGAAUGCCUGGUGGUUUCCCUGGUGGGGCUGGAGAAGGUUCUUCGUCUGGCCCAACCAUCGAGGAAGUGGACUAAUCGCCCACUGACCAAACGUUGCAAUUCCAAAGCCUGACAUUACAUUUUUUCUAAAGGCUACUUCAUCAUUAAAAAAGCAGAACAUGACAACCACAUACUGUAUCUUCAAAGUUUUAUUGGACAGCGUUUGAAGAUUCAUUAAUGGGAAUAAAAUAUUAGUUGAAAAUGUUUGUUCAGAGGAGGAUAAAUCCAAUCAAAAAUGGGAACUCACAAACAUUUAUUGUCUUAAUUAUCCACAGUCGAGUUACAAAAAGUUAUA